AUGUCCACCACCAGUGGGACCACCACUCGCACGCUGAAGACACAGCGCUCCCUAGCUCUAGUCCAGUCGUUAUUCGCGGCGGCGGCGGGGGAGGACGCAGACAAUGAGGGCCUGGGGGCGGCGCCACCGCCGCCGGCGCUCGCGUCGCCCUCCGGCGGCAGCCAGCACGGCAGCCAGGGCCGCACGCUGGCGGGCAUGCAGCGCCAGCUGUCCAAGAAGCCCACCCUGGGGCGCCUCACGCGGUCGUCCAGCAGGGCGUGCAGCCUGAGGAGCCUGGGCAGCCUGGAGGGCGACGCCGAGGAGCCGGCCGUGGAGGUGCGCCGCCCGACGCUCGCGUACAGCGGCAAGGCGCACCUGUUGCUGCUGAAGCGCUGCCUGGAGGCUGUCGAAGUGCUGGAGCGCGUGCAGCAGCCGAUACGGGCGGUGGAGGCGGUGGGCGAGCCCAAGCCGCCGCUGCCAAAGGCGGCCCUGCGCUUUGCCAAGGGCCUGGCCUUCUUCGUGCAGCGGAAGGUCGGGCUGGUGGGCGGCAUGGCCUGGGGGCAGGGCUGCGUCAUCAGCCGCCUGCCAGACGGCAGCUGGUCGCCGCCCUGCUUCAUGCGGCUGCGCCACUGCAGCCUAGGCAUCACGUUUGGGCUGCAGCGCACCGAGAGCUGCCACGUGCUGCAGAACACGGAGCAGCUGGCGGCCUUCAUGCGCAGCCGCGGCAGCUUUGGGUUUGAUGCCGCCAUCUCGCAGGAUGCAGACCCUUUUGACCCAGAGGCGCCCGCCGGCGGCGUGACGCUCAUCAUGCACCGCGACGGCGUGGCCAGGGGGCGCAAGAUGCGGCCUUACUGUGCCAUGGUGUCCGACGGCGCCAUCUGGGAUCUGUCCGUGCGGGGCGGGUACACGAGGGUGGACCGCAGCCUGAACUGCCUGGUGUAUGGCAAGGGGGUGUCCCGUCAGGAGAUUCUGGAGGGCCGCGUGGCGCUGCCGGCAGAGUUCUGCGCCCUGCACGACGCGGUGGAGGCGGCGGCGGCAGAGGCGCAGCUGUCGCUGCCCACCGUGAGCAAGUACCAGAUGGCUCGCCAGAAGUCGCUGCAGACGCUGGGGCGGGUGUCCGCCAGCGUGGUGACCCCCAAGACCGCCACCAACGUCAUCAUGCGCAUGCGCCUCAUGAGAGCUGAGAUGUACCAGGAGGCCAGCCGGGCACAUGCCGGCGACGGCGAGGCCGAGUUCUGGACGCUGCCGCCGCCGCCGCCGCCCCGCCCCAGCAUCACCAUCCCCAUGGCGCUGCCCCGCGGCGACUUCAGCGCCGGCGGCGGCACGCAGCGCAGCAGCGGCGGCAGCAGCGGCGCCACCACCUACUCCUCAGCCAACAGCCCCUGCACCACGCUGGAGCCUCCAGGCGCGCGCGGCGGUGGCGCGGGCAGCCUGGCGGCCGCCGCCGCCGCGGCAGACGGCAGCUUUGGCAGCGGCAGCGGCGGCGGCGGCGGCGGCGGCCUCUUUGGCGGCGCCGACGGCUUCAAGCUCUUCAAUGACGUGACCAUCGGCUUCCAGGAGCGGCACACGUAUGCCAAGCAGGAGGAGGAGGAACCGGUGGCUGUCGGCGGCGACGGCGACGGCCUGUUUGGCGGCGCCUCCGACUUCAAGCUCUUCAACGACGUAACCAUCGGGUUCAAGGAACGGCACACGUACGUGCUGCAGGAGGAGGAGGAGCAGCAGCAGGUGCAGCAGCAGCGGGAGGAGGAGGCUGCGGCGUGA